AAGUGCCAUGUCCGGACUGCAGCGCUUUAGCAGCUCGUUAGAAGAAGAAGAAGAAGAAGAAGAAGAGGAGGAAGAAGAAGAAGAAGAAGAAGAAGAAGAGUAGCUUCUCGGACGGGUUAUGUUGUAAUUUUAUUUUUAAAACACCGGACAUUUUGUUGUUUUGGUUACAUGUGAACAUGUUGUAAGGCAGUGACGUCACACAGCAGAUUUGUUUCCCGUCAACAGUUUUAUGUGUCGUGAUUGUGUCGCGCUACCGUUGAUGCUGUGGCUGACCCCGUCGUGAGCGCGUCGUGACCGCGUCGUGAGCGUGUUGUGGGUUUGUUUAUUGGGGUGAAUUCGGUGUCCCGGGUGAACGAUGAACGGGAAGUCGUCGCACGGAGCUGCCAGCGGAGCUCCGGCCUGUAUUGAGGGUCUGCCGCCGCUACCGAAGAGUCUGAGCGGCCUGCUGAACUCCAGCGGCGGGUCGUGGAGGGAGAUCGAGAGGAUGCACGCGAAGAAGGCCAUGAUCCAGGACGACCUGAGGAGAGGAGCGGCUCCGGGGGACCGGGCGGGGGCCAAUAAACCCGCUAACCUGGACGCAGCGCUCGCACUGCUGAGGAAAGAGAUGGUGGGUUUGCGUCAGCAGGACAUGUCCCUCCUGUGCCAGCUCUGGUCCCUGCACGAAUCCAUCCAGGAGUACAAGGGCAGCUGUCAGGAGGCGGGACCAGGAACCGACGCCUUGGACAACGGCUUCUUCGACGAGGACGACGAGUUCUACACAGACUCCGGCGUCACACCCACUGAAACCCCAGACGACAGCGAGGCCUCACCAGCCCGCAACGGGACAUCAGUGGACACGUGGCUUAACGAGUCGUUCCGAAUCGCGAUAUGAGAAUCUGAAGCCGGAUUAAGGGGCAGGGCCGUGAUGCUGCUUCAUUGUUUCAUUUUUUUUGUUUUGUUUUUCUGUGUGCGGGUCUUUUUUUUAUUUUUAUUGAUUUUUUUUUUUUUUUUUAUCACCAGCAGACUUUUCUUUUCUAUAGGAAUAUAAACCAAGAUUAUUUAUUAAUUAUAUAAACAGUAUAUAGCCGUUUUUCUGGGCAUUUUAGAACUUUUAUAGGACUUUAUAUAAGGGGCGGAGCUAUAUCUAUAUCAGUAUCUAUAGUAUUCGCAUUUAUGCUAAAAUUGUGUAUCGAGGCUCUUGUUUUUGCAGGCUGAACUCUGGCAUCAGAAAUCCAGCAGACCGCCUUCCGGAUCGAAUCCGGGUCCUCAGACCAUGUGAAUGAACGCGACGCUGGAAAGUGGAAACACUACAUAACAUUUGUUACAGCCGAUCGUUUUGGCAGAUCCGUUAUCUUUCCCCAAACCAUUUCAUUCAGUUCAGUCUGAUCCACGGAGGACUAGCUGUCGGCUCACCUCCGGAGCCUCGGCCCGUGGGGUAAUGUGUACUGUAUAUAUCUAACUCCAGGUGUGUACGGUGUGACACAGCAGUGUUACUCUUCUCCUCUCAUCCACAAAAAAGCUUUAUAUAAGAACCGAGGAACCUACGCAACCGGACACCUUUGAAACAAAUCAGACAUUUGACUCGGUCGGACUCAGUAAGGUUCACGUACACUAGCUCACGUUUUCUAAAAUAUUCCAGAGCAAACAAAUAUUAUUAACCAAACUUAUGCAUAUUAAUAAGGGUGCUAGCGUGAAGUCUUCCUGCUUUUGGACAUCGAAUGAGUAAUAAGUGCAUGACGCCUUAAUCCCAUCACUUACACAUGAACAUCAUGAACAUGCAGACCAAAGACACGAGCAGUGUUUAUAACGCAGCAUGGGUUUGUUUAAACUCCUUUAGAACAGAGCUGGGCGAUAAAACGAACAUUUAGACAUUCACUGGUGGAAAAUCCUGAUUGUUAGGACACAACACUAGAUAAUUAACAACUCCUUUUAAGAACAGAUGCGAGAACUUGAUCAUGUGCACGAGACAUAAAAAACUUCUCAUUUUUUUAAAUCCAUUUUUUAUUCAUUUCGAUUGAACGACGCUGUUAUUCGAAGGCACUUUAACAACAAAAACCCUAUAAACGUAUAGAAAUCGAUGUAAAGAUAAAUCCGAGCGCGCCGAAGCAUUUUCAUUGGCUGCCAGGCUUUGCAAAUAACCAAUCAGAAAAGUUUCUGCUCUAUUUAGCAUCAUUUUUUCUCCCAUUUUUGUUCUCAAUAUAAAGUAUUUGUUACUGUUUGAGAUUCAAUUCAGUGUAUUAUUCUGUCGUUAAAAAAGUCUAUAGCAGGCGUGUGCUGAUAAAACGAUUUAAUAUGUUUAAAAAAAAAAGUUGUUUUUUUUAAUUAUUUGUUUACAAUGUUGUUAUAACGCGGUUUAAAAUCAGUUUUGAAAUUAUUGUGUAGAUUGUUGUACAAAUUGUUUUUAUUUUCUUUCUUGCAUUGUGUUUACCCAAAUUUGUUUUUAAAUUUUAAGAUAUAAUACACCUAAAACGCCGUGUUUUUAACACACAGUUUCGAUCAUAUCAUCCUAAAAAAAAUAACUAGCUAAAUAUUUAAAAUGAACAAAAGAAUAAAUGACAUCAUAAGAAGGCGAGAAGCCGAGAGAAUUUUGCCGAGAGCUUAUUGUGACGUUUCUGAUUGAUAUCAAGUAUUUUUCUUUUAUUUUUUUCCUCUACAAAUCUUCAAGAAGAAUAAAGCGUUUCUUUUUUUAUAUAAUAAUGUUUUUUUUUUUGGUUACAUAAAAAUGUAUACAAAUUAAAUCUAAAAAGGUGAGCUGCUCACCCCCCCCAACCCCCCAUGUGUAUGCAUAUGAAUAAUUAAGAUUUAUUUUUGAGAAACAUUUUUUUUAACCAAUCUUUGAUGAUAUUUACCCAAUAUUUUACUUAUUUUUUUUUUUAAAUACAUGACUUCAUUUGGCAAAAAGAAACAUUUUUUAUAUUGUGUUAAUGCUAAACUACAGAGAGGAAAAUAUCAUUAAAUAUUAAUAAGGUUUAUCAGCACAUGUCUAAAUGAUUAAACACACAGGAGUCUCUCAUGAAAUGAUUUCAUUAUUACACAGUGUCACUGUUUUACUGUUAAUCUUAUAAUAAUCAUGGCGUGAACUCCGGACUCGACUCACAGCGCUCUCGUAACGCAGCGCUUCAUCAAUCAGCAUGGAUCACUAAUAGUGCCUUUUUUCCAGGCCUGGUGUCAAUCCCAGGCUUUUCUGCUGAAGCUUACGGAUUGUCAGAAAUUCCUCCUGAACGUUUUCUCACCAGUCGAAUCGCAUCGUAUCGUAUCGUCGUAUCGAAGCCGUAUUGAAGCUCUUGUUGCUCGGUGUGUGAAUGUUGUAUUCUGGAGUGUCACUAGUGCAUCUGUUACUUUAACCUCAGUACAGACUAAAGGAGGAAUAAAACACUUCACUUAUCCAGAGGAAAACGUGCAGAAUGACCUCAGUACCGGACAUUUAAUGGAAACAUUUUUUAUGCUUUUUUUCUUUUUUUCAACUUGUAUUAUUAUUAUUAUUAUUAUUAUUAUUAUUAAAGCAAAAAUUUC